UCCCAGAUUUUACGGGAUGUCUAUUUGGUUCCCAGAAUAUAUUAAGAAGCUCCACAUUGACCAGUCCAAGACAGAUGAAGAGUAUAACCGUACUAUCCAGGAUGUCCAGUUUAAUGUCACCAUGGAAAACAUUCAUUUCCAACACAGUUACUUUCAAAACGUACAGUUUCAAAGUAUGAUUCUGAGCCACUGCCUCUUCGAGGGGUGCAUCUUUGUCAAUUGCACCUUCAGUGAUGUAAGGUCCAGCAAGACCUUCUUUCGGAACUCGGAAUUCCUCGACGUCCUUUUCGUGGAUACGGAUUUUCAUGACUAUCGGUUCCAAAACUGUAGUCUUUAUGAUUCCAGUUUCUUCAGUACAAAAGCAGGCUGUACAUUGGACUUCGACAUCAGUUUUGAUCUUCAACCGAUCUUCUUGGAGAACUUACUUGCCCAGUUGGCGAUCAUUCCAGGAAAUAUCAUGUCCUCGUACGUCCUUGACCAGCUGGGGCGAGUAAAGACUAUGGGUACUUCCCUUUUCCUAACAAGUCUGAGUGCGUUUUUCAUUUGGUUCUUGGAAUCGAAGGCGGCAGUAAUUGGAUUUGAAACAGUAUUCAACUUUAUUUCCAUUUCGGGAUGGAAUGGCGUUGACGUCAUCACUACAGAGACUUAUCCCGCCCAUCUCAG